UGUUUGUAUCCAUCAUGGCGGAUGAAGAUAGUCUUUUUGAGGAUUUCGUCUGUGUACAUUCUCCUCAGCUGAAAAAGAACGAAAUACCAGAGAUAUACUGGAGAUCCCUGCAUUUGAAACUAAGAAAUGAGGUUUAUGAUGCUGGAGAGUAUUUCUCAAUCAUGCAAGAGGAAGAUGACAAUACCUUUAAAGUUAUUGUAACCAAUGAGGAUGGUGUGAAAACUUCUGCUCCAAACAGUAUAUUCCUGAUUGACCAUGCAUGGACAUAUGAGUCUAAAUUUGCACGCUCUCAGCUUCUUGCGUAUCCUGCUCUUGCUGAGAGGAUGUCUGCCUUGAUGGGUAUAAAAGACACAGACAAACAGGGGGACGCCAGAAUUGACCAUGUUAUCCAGGAAAUGUGGCGUUUCAAUAAUACUUAUCAGUCCAAGACAGUGCAGCAAUCUGAGCAAGGAAUUGAGUACAGCCCUGAUGAGCAAGUUGAGGAUGAGAUCACCUUGUGGUAUGUGAUGGAUGAGUUAGGGUCCAGAAUCCAGCAUUCAGAUGAGCCUACCUCUAAAAUGGCCCUUCUAUAUUAUGCCCCUAUGGGAAUCAGUUUCUCUGUUAUAUGGCCCACGAUGGAUCUUUCCUAUGCAGAUGAGUUAACAAGGGACUAUCUACCAAAUCUGAAUGACCCUCUACAAAGGAAAGCUGCUCUGUUGCCAUGGCAGCAAUGUGACAUUGAAGAGGAGAUUGACAGCCACCCAGAAUGCCUAGGGGAAGACAAACCUCCUUUGCACAAGAUUCGUAUGCUGAAAUAUGAAAAUGUAUUCAACGAAGUUUUACCAGAUCCCACCAACACCUACCACAGGCAACCCAUCGAUGGAGUUUUCCGCGUGUAUGUUGAGUUUGAGCAAAUUCACAAGGCCUUGAGUCACCCCAAGUUCGCAUUUGUCGAUAACAGACAAGAAGCUGAUAUUCUUUGGCUGGUGGAGCACUGGAAGGACUUCAGAUCUCUAGGCACUAGUGGGCAGCUUGUAAACCAGUUCCCCGGCGAGGCUGUACUAACUUGCAAGCACUUGUUGGCGGAACUGUGUCAGCGGUCAGCUCCUACUCACGAGUCAUGCGCGGAAGAGCGAGAUGAGCUGCUGUGUCGGGGCCCGUACUGGCUUCCGGUUACGUACAGUAUCAAUACAGAACUUGCUCAGUUUGUGAAGCACUUUAGACAGCGAGAGAAGAGAGGUCUUGACAAUCACUGGAUUAUAAAGCCAUGGAACAUGGGUCGCGGGCUCAACAUACAGGUAUCCCGUAACUUGAUGGAAAUCAUCAGACUUGCCGAGGCUGGACCCAAGAUCGCCUCAAAGUAUAUUGACAAGCAAGUGUUAUUUCACCGCGAUGACGUGGGACCCGUCAAGUUUGACGUUAGAUAUAUGCUAUUCGUGACGUCAGUAGCGCCUUUGCGCCUCUACGUGGACCGAGUCUUCUGGCUGCGGUUUGCAAACAAGCCGUUUGCACUGGACCACUUUGAAGAGUAUGACCGACAUUGCACCGUCAUGAACUAUGGGACACAUAAAUUAAAACAGAUCCACCAUUACGACUUUAUCCCAAUGUUUAACGCGCAGUACCCUGAUCACAAGUGGGAGUCGAUAGAAGAAGAGUUUUUCGAGAUUUUCAAGGAGUUGAUGCAGACGGCCGUGAGGGAUCCUCCGCCAAGGGGCCUGGGGCCGUGUAACCAGUCCCGCGCUACAUACGGAGUGGACAUAAUGGUCAAGUGGGCGGAUGAUGGGUCCGACAGGAUUGUACCGCAAGUUAUUGAGAUGAACUACAGCCCAGACUGCACGCGAAUUUGCAAGUAUUACCCCGAAUACUACAAUUUCGUCUUCAGUCAGCUCUUUCUAGAGGACUCCAUGGACUGGCCUGUGAAGCAGCUGCUGUAGUAGCGGAAAAGGGAAUUCCCUGAGAUAUGAGCCCUACUUAACUUCUUGUCUAUAGAGUCAGAGGGUUCUAUAGUUUGAUGUGUGAAGCAGUUGCUAUGAUAGACA